AUGUGCCUCUACAGCACUUUUGAACACCUCCCGGAUAUUUCGACUCGUUCCAUCACACCUUUCGGCAAGCACUUGAAGCCCGUGUUUCAUCUCUUUGGUAUGUUCCAAAGUUUUGGUCUUGUCGAUGGUGAGGAUCUUCAUCAUUUGUGCGCGCGUCUUGGGAUCCGGAACCGUAUCGGAACGAAUCAGAUCCCUGAGCUCCUCCAUACGUGCCAGAUGCUGAUGGUGGGCACCGACCUCUGACCGAGUAUCGAAACUCUUGUCCAGCUUCCUCGUGUCUUGCUCCGCUAGGGCUUGGACGUAUACAUCCUCUAUCAUUCUGGUGAAGCAUUUGAUGUAUUCUCUGGCUCCUUGAACACUUUCCGAGAGUAUAGCUUGAUAGCCAGUCUCCUUUUCCUCCUGGUCUUCGGGAGGCGGUGGCGGUGGUUGUGCAAACAAUGCUUCGUCUCGACGUAACUCUGCAAGUAGCUCGUCCACUGUCUUGCCGCUGAAAUCCUCAACCGUGACUUUCUUCAGCAACGCUUCCGUCUCCUCGUUGAGCUCGAUUUCGUGCUUCAUUUCGAGAUUGAUAAAUUCCAUGAGCUCAUUGAUCUCCCGAGAGAGUCUAUCCUCGGGCUUU